AUGGUUUACUUUAUUAUUUAUUUAGUAAUACUUUCUGUUUUUUCUGUUUCUUGUUCUUCCUCCAAUCUUAAACUCUUCAACCUAUCGAAACUAGAAUCUGAUAACCGUUGGUCACCAGCCGGUGCGACGUGGUAUGGCCCCCCUAAUGGUGCCGGAAGUAAUGGUGGAGCUUGUGGAUAUGGAAGCACGGUAGAACAACCACCAUUCUCUUCCUUUGUGUCAGCUGGUGGCCCUUCUCUAUUCAAAUCUGGCAAAGGAUGUGGAGCUUGUUAUGAAGUAAAGUGCACAGCAAAUAAAGCUUGUUCAGGGAAACCGAUCAGAGUGGUUAUCACCGACGAGUGUCCGGGAUGUGUAAAAGAAUCAACUCAUUUUGAUUUGAGUGUAACUGCUUUUGGAGCCAUGGCAGUUUCCGGCAAAUCCAAUCAGCUCCGUGCUGCCGGGGAACUCAAAAUUCAAUACAAAAGAGCUGAGUGCCACCACCGGGGUAAAACACUGACCUUUCGAGUAGACCCGGGGUCCAACCCCUUCUAUUUUGCAGCGGUGAUUCAAUAUGCGCAAGGAGACGGCAACAUCGUGGCCGUUCAACUGAAGCAAGGCAACUCCGGCGUUUGGACCGACAUGAAACAGUCUUGGGGAGCGAUGUGGAAGCUUAACUCCCGGUCGAGACUAAACGCGCCGUUCUCCCUGAAGGUCACCGGCGACUCCGGCAAAUCUGUCGUCGCCGGCAAUGUCAUCCCGGCUGGGUGGCGGCCCGGAGGAACAUAUCGUUCUGGCUAA